AUGGAUCAGAAGAAAAUUGAGGCAGUCACGUCAUGGCCUACCCCCAAAACAGUCAAACAGGUCCAAGCCUUCCUGGGUUUUGUAAAUUACCUCUGCCGGUUCAUUCCCAACUUUAGCUCCGUCGCACGCCCUCUACAUAAUCUCACCAAAAAGGAAACCCCUUGGUCAUGGGGUAACCUGGAGGAAGCCGCCUUUCAGGAACUAAAAACCCUUGUCACCCGAUCACCAGUCUUGGUCCAUUCCAAUCCGGAACUUCCAUACUACCUGGAAACAGAUGCAUCAGGAGUAGCCAUGGGAGCAAUUCUUAGUCAAAGAGGAGAAGAUAACCGCUUACAUCCAGUGGCUUACAUGUCUAAAUCCUUCUCUGGCGCUGAAGCUAAUUAUGACACCCAUGAUAAGGAGCUCCUAGCCAUAAUCAAGGCGUUAGAAGAAUGGCGGAUUUUCCUAGAAGCAACGGACAGACCAAUCCAAGUUUUCACAGAUCAUAGAAACUUGGAAUACUGGAUGCAGGCACGGACGUUUAACAGAAGACACGCAAGAUGGCGCAUCUUCCUGAGUGAUUUCAAUUUUGAAAUCCACUAUCGCCCAGGGAAGCAGUCAGGAAAGCCGGACGCCCUGUCCAGACGAUCGCAUUACGUAGACACGCCGCCAGAACCAGAAGUCAUGUUGCCAGCAGAAGUCUUUGCCAACACCUCAGAGGAAGAAGUCAAGAUCAUCACAGAAAUUUGCUCCAGACUCAGGGAAGACCCGUCUCUAGAACCCAUCAUUCAAUUCCUUAGAGAAGACGCAGAUAACGCACCCCCCUCCAUUCGAAAGGCUUACAGGGACUACGACUGGGAAGAAGACCUCUUAUGGUACCAAGGGAAGCUAGUUGUUCCAGACUCAGAGAUCUUGAAGGAACGUCUCCUGAGAGAAUUCCACAACUCCCCACUGGCAGGACACCCAGGACAACAACGAACCCUGGAACUAUUGAGUAGAAACUACUGGUGGCCAGGGAUGAAAUCCUCGGCCAAGGAAUGGGUUGAGUGCUGCCCAACUUGCCAAGCCAACCGUCGUCCUCAUGCACCAGUCAUUGCUCUCAAACCACUGGAAGUUCCCCCAUACCCGUUCCAUACAAUCUCCUAUGACUUUAUCACAGGAUUCCCAAAGUCACAAGGUUAUGAUGCAAUCUUGGUAGUAAUAGACUCCUUCUCGAAAUUUGGCCACUUUAUCCCAACCUCAAAAAAAGUGACAGCCAAGGGACUGGCGGAUUUAUUCAUUACCCACAUCUGGAAACUUCACAGCCUACCGGUCAAAACUAUCUCGGACUGUUGUACACCACUGUAA